CAGGCCAUGGGUGAUGGUCCCCGGGUGGGGCCCCACAGAGAUGUGUCCCAGAUGCAGGGUCUGUUGUGUCCACGGACAUCUCCUGCAUAUGUCACCUACGUCACCAGGAAGCCCAGCUCCUGCAACCUGAGGGGACGUGGCCGGGACAGCAGGGCCUUGCUUUGAGGUCCACAUCCACGUCAAACACCUUCUGAGUGAAGAGUUGACCACCACAUCAUGGCUCCCAGGGCCUCCCAUCCGACCUGCAGCAGCGCCUGCCUCCUGGCUGAGCUUCACGAAGAUAUGCCGGCUGCCGCCAGACACCUUGCCCAGAAACAAACAGGCCUCCAGGACCAAAAUAACCAUCAGAUGACACAGGGCUGGCCAGCCACCUCCCUCCCAAAGGCAAGCUGCUCCCAGCAGCUGCAGCUAAAAAUAGUGGCAGGCAUACACGUGUCUUCGGGGGAAUCACAAGGGGAGAGCCCUGUCCUGCCAUUGCCACCGCAGGUGGGCAGGAUGAAGUCACUGCGCUUUGCUUCUGCCGAGGCCCUGGCGUCCCACCCCCAGGUGGCCCUGCAGAGCCUGGACAGCGUGGCCCACAACCUCUACCCACUCCUCUUCAAAGCCAGCUACUUGCUGGAGCGGGCGGAGGUGAUCCGCGCUCUGCUUCAGCGGUGGCCACUGGAGGAGUUCCGGCUGGGCGCGCUGCUGGGGCCCAGCACGGACCACGCAGGAGACCUGCGAGACCGGGCCUGCAGGGCCUGCCUGGAGAGGACCUGCUGCGAGCUGCAGGCGGACCCCCAUGCCGCCCAGCAUUCUAUUAAGGUCCUGGCUGAUAUCUUCGUCACGGAUGGAAACUUCCAGUUGGUGGUGCAGGCCCUGGGGCCGGCAGCUCCCGCCCCACUGCGCCUGCACUGCCUCUCCUUCCGGGCGGAUAGCCUGGACCCCAGCCAGCUCCUGCAGGUGCUGUGUCUGGCGGGGCCUGGCGAGCUGCGCAGGCUGCAGGUGGUGCACAACGUGCGGCUGCACGCGGGCCACGUGCAGCAGCUGCUGGCCCAGCUGCACUUCCCCCAGCUGGUCUCACUCACCCUGCCUGCCAAGGCCUUUGACACGCCCCCUGCCUGCGCCCCAACUACCGAGGGUGAGGACCCCCUCCUCACCUCCAUCGCCUGGGAGCUCAGCCAGAUGACCCAGCUCACCGAGCUGAGUGUGGCUUUCUCCACACUGACCGGGAACAUCCAGAAACUGCUCGGCCCCCUAAGGACGCCGCUGAGAGCUCUGGACCUGGCCAACUGCUCCCUGAACCACGCGGACAUGGCCUUCUUGGCAGGCUGCACCCAUGCCGCCCACCUGGAGGUGCUGGACCUCAGCGGGCACAGCCUGAUCCACCUUUUCCCUUCGAGCUUCUUUAGGCUGCUGGGCCGGGCCGCGCAGACGCUGAGGGUGCUCACCCUGGAGGAGUGCGGCAUUGAGGACCGCCACCUGAGCACCCUGAUCCUGGCCCUGAGCCCCUGCCAGCAGCUCCAGGAGCUCCGCUUCCUGGGGAACCCGUUGUCGGCCUCCGCCCUGAGGCGCCUCUUCCUGGCUCUCUGUGAGCUCCCCAAGCUGCGGUGGGUGGAGUUCCCGGUGCCCAAGGACUGCUACCCUGAGGGGGCCGCCUACCCCCAGGACGAGCUGGCCAUGUCCAAAUUCGACCAGCAGAAAUACGAGCUGAUUGCCGAGGACCUGCGUGGGGUGCUGCUGCGGGCCGGCCGGGACGACAUCCAGGUCUCCACACCAGUCUUCGGAAGUUUCGACCCAGAUAUUCAAGAAACAAGCAACGAACUUGGUGUUUUCUUGCUGCAAGCUUUCAAAACGGCCCUAGAAAACUUUUCCAGGGCUCUGAAACAAAUGGAGUAGGUGGGCCCUGCGGCAGGCACAGCGGGUCUCACCUUUCAGCCGAUGGAUCCGUGACCUCGGGGCCGGCAGCUUGGGCCCAGUGUUUGCGCCCUCAUGACCAUCAUCCAAAGCACUUCUUAGUCCUGGCAUCUGUUAGGCGCUAUAGGAGAUGAAGCCCUGCCUUCCUGUAGAUGUGACUCGAGGUCACUUUAGGCUCAGAGCACAGCAGGCAUGCAGGAGGGGAAAUGCCCCGGGGUCGGUAGAAGCCCCCAUCACAGCAGUGGGCACAGAGAAGCACCAGGGGACUGAGAGGGGCUGUCCUGGUCAUGGUGCACCCCGCGCUGCGUGUGAGGUGCAGGCUGGUAGUGGUAGCGAGGAGGAGGUGGGAGAGAGGACAUCAGCUGGCAUGAGAGGGAAGAAAUGAGAGUAUAUGUCACAACCAACUGGGAAAAGAGUGAAAGUGGAGAGCAUGGGAGCCCCAUGCUGUCCCACCCCCUCGCUUGUCCACAGUGCUGACGCUUACAAGGUGAUGUCUGUUUGAAUAUUUACAACAGCCAAUCGCAUGGACCAUGGGCUUUGGUUAUCAAUGGCUUUUGUCUACUUUUGAGCAGGUGAGCAGUGCCCAGGCUGCUGGCUGAGCCUGCGAGCACAAGGUGAAGGAACCACAGGGCCUGCCGGGAGGGUGUCUGCCACCGCAGGGAAACCACAGUGCCUGCAGUGACCCCACCCACUGCCCUCAGAUUCUCGGGCCCUGAGGAGGACGCUCUGCCCUGAUCUAAGGGAGCUGUCCUGGCGCUGGAGAGGAGGACGCAGGUGGACUUGGUUUCCACGAGCUCUGAUUAGUGCAAAGUUGAUUAUUAGGAUGAUUAAAUACAAAUAAAACAGAAGUGUGUCUUAUUCAGAUAUGAUUUUAAUUUCAAUGCGAUUUAAUUUUAAU